AUGUCUAGAGUUCUACCUUUGGAUAGUUCUGAUUUGAAGACGCCCAAAACCGUCCAAUUUGUGGUGCGGUUUGCGAAUGGGGCAUCCGACGUGGUGAUACCCGUUGGGUCGGUGGCUAAUCUAGACAAUGUUUCUACAAAGUUCAUACGACAACAGAUUAGGAUCAAGGACAAGUCGCUUGCGACGAAACGGUUGAAAUUGAUCCACAACGGAAAAGUGCUGCUUAAUCACACAGAUUUCAAGAAAGAGUUACGGUAUCUGUUGCGCGAUGAGUCCACUGGAUCGGAUCCAAUACGGAUCUAUAUUCAUUGUAUAGUUGGAGACGAACUGUCGCGCGAGGAGUUGGCACAGGAGGAGGAAUUGGAGCACCAACCGGAAAAAAGCACAUCUGAGGCUCCCAAAGGAUUUGACCGACUGCUUUCGCAAGGAUUUUCGGCGCUGGAUAUACAAGAGCUACGGCACCAAUUCCAACAGAUACACGGAGCAAGUCUUGACAAUCAAUCUCAGGAAGCACUAAGAGAAUUGGAGGACAGAUGGAUCGAUAGCACUGUGAACCACGAAAUCGACGAGUUCCCGGCAAAUAUAGGAACACUGAACGCAGGCGGGAACGGAGGAGGAGGGCCUGCUUCGCGCGAUGGCGACGCACAUAAGGAUCUACUGAUCGGGGUAGCAAUAGGGUAUUUUUUGGGCAUUUUUGCAUUGUUUCUGAUUAAGCUGGAGAUCGGGGGUGUUUUCAACAAACGGACCAGGAUGGCAGUGAUUGCUGGAGUGUUUGUCAACUUGAGUUUUGGGUUUGUCAAAGCCUGGUCGUAA